AUGCUUCCCCUGGGCCACCUCCGUCGCCCGGGUGCCGAACGGUGGCCAGAGUCCCAGAGUCGCCUUCGCGCAAGAGUGGCCGUUUGCCACAGUGACCCCUUGGUGCGCGCCCAGAAGAGCUCCCUCCCCCCCAGCAGUGGCCUGCAGCGGCCUCCUCGCCUGGACUCGGCCCCCCGUGGCCCCCCGAGAGGCGCGCACCCAGGGACACGUCCUGCCCAGGGUCGACCCCUCGCGACGAGAGCGCCUCCCCCCGCCGCCGCGCCUCGCCUCGCCGGCGCCGCUGCCGCGGUGGCUGCCAUGGCGGCGGUUGCGCUGCCGGCGAAGGUGGCCCUGUCCGGUGGCCUGACGCAGGCAUCUGCGCCCAGCCCGCUCCGGCGCGGCGCCCGCACAGCUCCGCGCGCGCAGCCCUCCGCCGGCGCCUGGGCGCUGCCCGACAGGGGCCCCGGCGACGGCGCCCCGCCGGCGCACGGACGCCCGGAGGCGGCCGCCCUGGCGCUGGGUGGCCUGCUGGGCUCCGCGGCCGCCGCCAGGCGGCACCUCAGGAGGCAAGCGGCGCAGACCACGAGGAAAGCGCAGGAGGUCUCGUCGGGGGCCGCGGCGGACGGCAAGAAGACGGUCAUCAUCACAGGAGGGGCGCGUCUUCUGGUCUCGGCCUGGCCACCACCAUCAGCCUGGCCAAGGGUGGGGACUGGCACGUCAUCAUGGCCGUCAAGGACUUCGCUAAGGGCGAGACCGUGGCAAAGGAAGCUGGGCUGUCCGAUGAUAGCUACACCGUGA